GGCGACGCUUCCCCCGCUGCAGGCAGGAGCGCCCGGGUGAGAGCCACCCGCGCCGCCGCUUAUGCAACACAUCAUCGAGAACCACCCGGACAUGGCCACGGCGCUGCUGGCGGGCGAGAAACUCAAGGAGCUGAUCCUGCCCGGCGCUCAGGACGACAAGGCGGGCUCGCUGGCGGCGCUGCUGCUGCAGCUCAAGCUCGAGCUGCCCUUCGACCGCGUCGUCACCAUCGGCACCGUCCUCAUCCCCAUCGUGCUCGUCACGCUGGUUUUCACCAAGAACUUUGCCGAGGAACCAAUAUACUGUUACACACCACACAACUUCACCCGUGACCAAGCCUUGUAUGCCAGAGGAUACUGUUGGACAGAACUAAGAGAUGCCUUGCCAGGAGUAAAUGCCAGCCGCUGGCCCUCCUUGUUUGAGCAUAAGUUCCUUCCAUAUGCCCUGCUGGCUUUUGCUGGUAUUAUGUACAUUCCAGCACUUGGCUGGGAAUUCCUGGCCUCCACCAGGCUGACUUCUGAACUUAACUUUUUGCUCCAGGAGAUAGAUAACUGCUACCACCGAGCAGCCGAAGGCCGUGCGCCAAAAAUCGAAAAGCAAAUCCAGUCCAAAGGCCCUGGGAUUACAGAGCGAGAGAAAAGAGAAAUCAUUGAGAACGCGGAAAAGGAAAAGAGCCCGGAGCAAAACUUAUUUGAGAAAUACCUGGAGCGGAGGGGACGUAGCAAUUUCUUAGCCAAACUGUACCUUGCACGGCAUCUGUUCAUCAUAUUUUUAAGCAUCAUCCCGAUCACGUACUUGUCCACCUAUUACGCCACGCAGAAGCAAAACGAGUUUACGUGCGCUCUGGGGGAGCCUCCCGACAAAACGAGCAGUUCAAAGUUGCUCAUCCGGGUGAACUGCAAACUGCCGUCAGUUCAGCUGCAGCGCAUCAUUGCCGUGGUAGACAUUGGCCUCCUCUGUUUCAUGAACUUGAUUAUCCUCAUCAAUUUGAUCCACCUCUUUAUAGUCCGCAAAUCCAACUUCAUCUUUGACAAGCUGAACAAGGUCGGCAUAAAGACGAAAAAGCAGUGGCAGAAGUCCCAGUUCUGCGACAUCAAUAUCUUGGCUAUGUUUUGCAACGAAAACCGGGACCACAUCAAGUCGCUGAACCGCUUGGAUUUCAUCACCAACGAGAGCGAUCUGAUGUACGACAACGUGGUGCGCCAGCUGCUUGCGGCGCUCGCUCAGUCUAAUCACGAUGUUACCCCAACCGUGCGCGAUUCCGGGAUACAAACCAUCGACCCCAGCAUUGAUCCUGCGGACAUCGACCCGAGCGAACCGCUGGUCAUUAAGCGACCCCGGAAGAAAAUGAAGUGGAUCCCAAGUUCCAAUCCUCUUCCUCAGCCGUUCAAAGAGCAGUUGGCUAUUAUGAAGGUUGAAAACAACAAGCCCGAGAAACCAAAGCCCGUGCGUCGGAAAACGGCGACGGACAGUCUGGUUGCCCCUUUGCUGGAGUCCAACUCGAAAAACUCUCAGCCAUCUUCAGCCCACAAAAAUGAAUCUGCCGCCCUCUCCGGCGCAGGCAAUGAGAAGAAACAUACACGGCACUUCUCCUUAGACGUUCAUCCAUAUCUACUGAGCAGUAAGAAACCCAAGCCAGAGAUUCAACCUAUUACCUCUAUGGCAACAUCCAAAAGCCAAGGGAGUGGAUUUUUAAGCCAAGAAGAGAAAGUCAUUGUGCACGUCGCUUCUUCUCUCAAAGGAUCUUCCGUUCCUGGGAAAGAUAUCCUUUACUCUCACAACACCUGCAGGACUGUGCCUGCCGCCGGGACUUUUCUCACCUGCAAUCACAACCACAUAGCAACUUCCGGUGCUGCGAAAAAGGUGCCCCACAUAAGCCCAGCAGACCCAGUGCCUGCCUUAAACUGUAACGCUGCUGCUCACCCUCUUUUGCAUAUCAGUACGUUGUAUGAAAACCAUGAAGAAGAAGAAGUGUCAAACCUUAUAGACGAAUCUUUAAACAAUAGAGUUCACUCACCCACAGAGGCAGGAGACAUCAUCUCCAGACCUUCCACAAAGCAAGUCAUGUUGGCGACCUUUGAUGAGCCAUUGGCAAUGGUGAACUCUGUAGAGUAUUGACCGUCCAGAGCUGACGCUGAUCACAGCCGGAUGGCCCACCUCCCAGUGCCACUGUCACGUGAACCAUGCUGCCCUGCCAAUGCCAUCCGCUGCAUGAGCAUGGAGUGCUGAAAUGCAGACCAUUGGUUUCACCAAUACUCCAAAUCGGUUGUUCAGGGUAGUGUCGCCGCGUCUUAUCGAUAGCUUGCAAAAUGUAAUAACAAUAAUCACCAUAAUAACGACAGCCAAAUUAUAUACUAUGCUUGGAACACCGAGAAACAAAGCACAAAGACGUUAGCUGUAGCUUCAUGAGUUCUGUGUGGAUUACUACAACUAUCCAAAUAUUUAAAGUGCUUGAGCGCAUGCCACACAGUGUUUCUUAAACAAAGCACUUAUAGCCUUGGUACUUGAGCUCACUUUCUGUAAAGCAGGGGGGGGCGGGACCUGGAGCCCCUCAGAUGAUGCUGGACCA